UUCUACAAUAAGUUUUGUUUUGAUUCAUUAAGUUUAAUUUAAUUCUAAAACUGUAAUUUGUUCAUUUAUGAUAAUUUAAGGAAUUUUUGUUAUUCCAAUUAGUUAAACAUGGUUACUCCUUUGGCUCCUUCUUUGUCUUUGAGUUACGUUGAACCUUUUUGGUUCUCAGGUGAUCGAGUUAUUGAUGAAGAUGCUGAGCUUACAAAUUUAGAGAAAGAACAACAAAGUCAAUAUAGUGAAUUGGUUCAAAAAUAUACUGAAUAUUUACCUCAAUCUCAACCGAAUGAACCUUAUGAGGAAGAUGAAGAGGAAGAAGAAGAAGAUAAUGAUGAUGAUGACGAAGAAGACAGUGGAUCUAAUGAAGAUGAUAAUGAUGAAGAACUUGAAGUUGAUGAGAUGCCUUUCAAUCCUGAUUCACCGAUAAUCAACAUUUCAUGAAGAAAACAAAAAUUGAUCAAUGUUUAUGUUGUUUUCUCUUUCGGAUAUUUUUUCCUCUAAUAAUUUUUUUCCUUUCAAUUUUUUCUUUCAUUAUUUCUCAAUGUUUACUCACCACAUUGAAAUGUCAAAUAUACACUCACCUUAACUGUUGGUUAAGAGCAAUUAACUAAUUGAAUGUAAAUCAAUUCUCUUUCUAAAAUAAUAUUGAUUAAAAAUGUUACUCCGCUGAGAGAAAUAUAA